GAUUUCAUAGAUAAGUGGAGGUACAAUGCGAAACGGAGUUCUCUCGCUCAGUCAAAGAUUAAAAUAUUAGAGAAGCUGCCAGUGCUGCGACCAGUGGUGCCUGAGACCACAAUUAAGUUUAGGUUCAAAGAACCAGAACAACUGACCCCGCCCAUUCUGCAGUUGCAAGAGGUGCACUUCCGAUAUUCAGAGGACGGGCCCUGGAUUCUGCGCGGGAUCGAUUUUGGGGUGCGAAUGGAGUCCCGUUUGGGAAUUAUGGGUGUCAAUGGGUCUGGUAAGACAACUCUUCUGAAGUUGCUGAUCAACCAACUAGAGCCCGUCAAAGGAGACUUCAGGCAAAACCCGAAGGUCAAGGUCGGCUACUUCAGCCAGCAUUUCAUCGAUCAACUGGAUUACUCCAUGAACCCGUUGAAUCUGUUCCGUUCGCGAUUCCCAGGAGUGUAG